AUGCCGGAGGGCAAAGCGCCACAUUUCCCCCAGCAACCAGUGGCUCGACAGAAUGACGAUGGCUCUCUCGAGCUCGAAUGCUUUCUCGACGCAUCACCACAACCCGAUAUCAAGUGGUUCUAUGACAACAAAGAAGUAAAGCAGGACUCUCGCUUCCAGUUCAAGCUAGACUCUAAGGGAAAUGAUUCAUACUCUGCGAUUCUACAGAUUAAGGAUCUCGCUGACAGUGAUGCAGGAGGUUAUCGCUGUGCCAUUGUCAACCCUCAUGGAAAAGGAAAUGCCAACUUCAAUUUGAAGCUCACUGGUUUUUCCUCUCCGACUUUCGUGGAGAAGCCUCAAAUAUCAUCACGAGAUGACGGUCAGGUUAUGGUUAUGGAGUUCCGAGCAAAAUCUAUCUUGAAACCCACGUUUGUCUGGCACAAAGGAGACGAAAUCGUGGCGCAGUCCGACCGUGUGAAUAUCGUUCUAAGGGAGGAGGCUAACCAGAUUUACUAUGCUGCACUGGAAAUCAAGGAGCCUACGAAAGAAAAAGAUGCUGGACAGUUUAUAUGCACAGCUAAAAAUGACUCUGGAAAGCUUACGGCCACAUUCACCGUGAAAUUUGAAGUUCCUCAAGGUGCGCCGACAUUUACACGAAAACCCCAAAUUCUACAAGUUACAUCUGAUUCUGGAGAUCCAGCCAUUGUUUUCGAUAUUGGUUACCAAGCCGAUCGUAAUCCCGAGGUGAUGUGGAUCAAUCCCAAAGGAAAAAAGAUGAAGGAGUCGACCCGGAUCCGUUUCCUCACCUCACCUGAUGGACCUAACAAUACUUUCACUGCUAAACUGGAGCUCAAGAACUACAAAGCCAAGGACUCUGGAACGUACACGUGCAAUAUCAAGAACGAGGCUGGUGAAGCUAAUGUAGAGCUAACUCUGAACAUCGAAGGACCAAUGGAUGAUGGAGGUGAUGAUGGAAGCGAAGCAUAA